UUUUGAUCUUUUUGAUUAAUACAACUGAUAACAUAUAGUAAGGCAUUGUUCCCUUGAUGAAUGAGCUCAUGAAAAGCUGUCACUGAGAAAGACUAAAAACCUUCUUGAAAUGCCGAACAUUAAGUCUGUCAGUUUUCAUCCUUGUUUUGAGAUAGUUUGUGGUCAUUAGAGUGAAACAAGGCUUGUCUUUGUUGUGCUCCAGUCACAGAGUUUAUAGGGAGGCAGGUUACAGAUUCCAGUUUGAACCAGAGAGCGAACCAGAGAGGGCGUGUUUCCACUCAAAAGUGGCAGGGGGAAGGGACAGGUGUGAAUGUUUUCAUGCUAGGAGCCUCGACACUCGCUCUAUUGCAUUCCAGUCUGCAUCACUUCAUACUACAGCUCAAAGGAACCCGAACCACUGACAGAUGUACAUCACUCUCACAUGGUGCCCGGUCAGCGACGCUGGAUACAGCUAGAUUUUGUACAGAGAUUGUAAUUCCCGGAUUGCUUUGGUCGUGUGGACAUGGGAGGCAAAGAGGAGGUAGUGCUGAGCAGAAUGGAGCCCAAGAUGCAGUUUUCACACACCAGGUUAAAUAGUUUCAAGCUUGGGCUAACUCAUAGCAUGUGGGAAAAAAAGCACGCGAAGAAGACAAGCAGCAAAAAAAAAGCCAGAGAUCCCAGUCCCACCGAGAUGAGCGUGGAGCCCUGGGCCAGCCCGCAGGACCAGGCAGCCGCUGAGCACACUCGCAGCAAAAUCUCACCAGCAGCACAGGAGCAGGAGCAGCCGGAUAAACUGUGCCUGGAAUCGUUCUGGAGCGAGGUUGAGACCAUCCGACAGGGGUGUGGCGAGGCGGAUCUCGACCCCACCAGGAGAGACUCCAGACAGUCAGAAGAGGGGGAACAGGAGGAGCAGUGGCUGGCCGAUGCUGGUUUAUCGACCCUUAUCAGUGAGGACAGCGAGGAUGUAGACAAGGCCGUGCUGCUUUCCACUCUGACCCGGACGCAGGCAGAAGCUGUUCAGCGUCGCCUGGAUUCCUACACGUUAUCCCGCCGCAAAAAGAACAAGCUGCCGCCCAGAGACGUUCGGGACAUCUUCAGCUCCCCCAUUGCUCAGGCCCUGCUGCCAGAGUCUCAGAACAGCAAAGACCUUCCUCAGAACAGUAUGGCAUCAGUUGCCAAAAUGCCUUUCUCAGCAGUGACACCGGAGCAUCAGCGGGCUGCCCCUAAAGAGGAAUUCCUCAUCACUGACAUUGCUUACUGUGAACAAGCCGUGAUUUUCAUUAAGCAGGCCAAUUUUCCACUGAACAACAUCCCAUACCGGAAAGAAGACGGCACCCUGCCUCGGGUGAUCUGCCCUAAGUGUCGCCUCGGAGUAACUCGUAUUCAAGAUCUCUCCCUCGCUGACAUGAAGAAGGUUCGUCAGUUGGCUCUUAUCGACAUGACGGCACUCUGCGACCUCUUGGAGCUAGAGGUUAAAAGGCACAAAACUGGAAAAAGGAAAAUCGCAGAGAGCCCACUGUUUGGGGUACCACUGGCCACGCUGCUGGAAACUGAUCAGAAAAUCAAACCAAUCACCUCAAUUCCUCUCUUCCUGCACACGCUGCUGUCGUUUCUGGAAAAGAAAGGAGUCGAUUCAGAGGGGAUCCUGCGGGUUCCAGGAUCUCAAUCCAGGAUAAAGCUGCUACAGCAGAAUCUGGAGGCCAAUUUUUACAAAGGCCGUUUCAACUGGGAUGAAGUGAGUCCAAAUGAUGCUGCUGCCCUCUUGAAGAAGUUUAUCCGAGAGCUUCCUGACCCACUGCUCACUGCAGAAUACCUCAACACCUUCAGCGCCGUCAGAGACAUCACAGAACUGAGGCAGAAACUGCACAUGUUGAACCUGCUCAUCCUGCUGCUCCCUGAGCCCAACAGGAGCACACUGAAGGCCCUGCUGGAGUUCCUCAGUAAGGUGGUCAACAGAGAGAAGAAGAACAGGAUGAACCUGUGGGCUGUGGCAACCAUCAUGGCUCCAAACCUCUUCCUCCAUAAGGCCGUCCCGAGCCGACUGACAGAUGGGGCAGAGAAAGGACAGGCGGAGAAAGCAGCUGAUGUGAUGAGGCUUCUCAUUCGUUACCAAGACCUCCUCUGGACGGUCCCUAACUUCCUCAUGAGCCAGGUGCGUCGGCUAAAUGAGAACAGUAACCGUCGCUAUCAGUUCAAGAACCUGCUGAGAAAGAUCCAGCCGGACAGCAGAGAAAAAACAGAGAAAAACUCAGAGCCACGUCGUACUAUAAAAAUCCAGGUGGGAGAUCUGGUGAACGGCACGAUGGAGUUCCAGCUCAACAUUAACUGCAGGACCUCGGACCUGCUCGCCCAGUUUUACCGCCAGUUCCUCCGCAGCCCAGAAAAUGGAAAGGGGAAAAUGCGAAGAAACGGCUCAGUGGGAUACCCAGACUGCGCCCUGUAUGAAGUAGGAGGGAAUAUUGGAGAGCACUGUUUGGACACCGAGACGCAUCUCCUGGAUCUGUAUAACAGUAACCCUGGAGGAGAAUGGGUCAUCAAAACGAAGCCCAACGGAGGCAGAGGGCAGUGACACGGAGCCUGCUGGACAACUGAUGGACAGAUCGAGGAACAGAUUUCAGAGGAGAGAUGAAGACCUCUUCUUAAAAGCUCCUCACAGCUCCUGCUCUUCCUGCAGGAAGGGGGACAGAUGGAGCCGACAGAAGCAUUUAUCUGCCUGGAGCAGAGCUGAGAAAUUCUGAUCCCUGCUUUUUGUCUCCCUCUCUGCCUUUCACUUCGCUGCGCUCCAUCUUCUCUUCCUCUUUCCUCUCUUUGGACGAUCAUUUCAUUGGUUGCUGCACUGCUGCAAGCAAAAAGCUGCUAACAUGACUCAUUACUUCAAGCGGAGAACCUGCUGGACAGAAAACAAAAUGGAACAGCGAAGAGACGUAGGGAGUAGCCGGACAGUUGGCUUUGACGUAUUUUCUCUGAAGCAGUCAUCUCCAGCUACAGGCGAACAGAUGGGGAUGCAGAGAACCUCUGGCUAUCCUGAGCCCUCCACUCGCCUCAACUUCACCUCAUACCAGCUUCUGCUCCACAUACACGUUUUUGUGGCUUUACUCCAAAGGGAAUACAAGGAUGUAGGGGUCUUCUGUAUAUAUUUUAAACAAAAACACCCAAGAGGUGUUAGUAUUUAGUUAAGGUGAAUAUUUAAAAGAAAGGCAGUACAACAAAAAAUUUUUCCAGCAGAUGGAGGUAAAAUUUUACAAACAGAAAAACCCAUAAUGCCUUUAUUACUAGAGAUGCACCAAUAAUUCAGUCUGAGAGCUAAAUCUGACAAUUUUUCUUCAGUCAGCUAUUAUUGGAGGGGAGCUAUUAUUUCCCCUCCAUUUCAUUUAAUGCAUCAAACUAAGAAAUUCUCCUAUUUUUCAUCUAUAAAUGUGUUAAUUAACAGCAAAACUGUUCAUGUUCCUUUUUGAGAUUAUAGAAUAAAAAUCAUACAUGAAAGAGGAGAUAUGUUUUGAUGCUUAAAUGAAGAUAAUCUUGUCAUUCCUUCAUUUUGUCAGUUUCAGUUUCUCUGUAAAAAAAAAAAGAAAACCUGCCACACCAGGAAAAGUCUGACUGGUGCAUCUCUACUGUAUUAAUUGACUUUAUUGUUCUGCUCCUGCAAAAAGGUAAUAAUAAUUUAGAUCAUGUCAGAGAAAUAAGAGAUCCCUCAGUAUUACCUGUAGUUGUUCAUGAUUUAGAAACAGAAAACCCUUGUGUCUUUAUUUCCUCAUGCCAAGCAGGAUGAGAAAAUGCUAAAGAUGGAGGGCAGAAGAAGAUAACUAUGAAAUGCUCUCAAGAAUCAUCCAGAUCAAUUAGUUAAUUAGCCUCAUCGAUCACUUGUAUUUCUCAGCUCCUUUUUUGAUCUGUGGCAUUAAAAGAGAGGAACUGACUGAACUGACACCUUUUAUCCAUGAAGCUGGCUCAACUUUGGACCUAAAAAGGAUUUUGCCUCAUCGAUGUGUUUGGUGACAGAUUUUGCACCUCAAAAGGGAGUUGUUAAGGACACGCUGAAGCUGGUCUUCAUUUGUCAUUUUUGACUGCAUGAAUGAAGAAAAAUGGUGCCGACGUGACUCUUAAGGCACACUGACACUAUUAUUAUUAUUAUUAUGAAUAUUAUUUAUAUGAUUGUAAUACAGUUGUUGCUUCAUUGUGAGUAUUGUGUUAGAUAGAGAUACUUGAGGAAAGCUGGCCCAGACUGGUAUCUUUCAUACUUUUUAAACAGAUCUCUUUAAAGCUGUAAGUUGAAUGCUUUUUCUGUGUAAAUAUGCACACUGUGCCGUGAUGAGAAGCAGGACUGUCGCUUCUUGAAGCUUUUCCAAACACACACAAGCAGCAGAUGAAUGUUUUAACAUUUUGUGCCGAUCGUCAGAAGGUAAUUGUUAUUGCAGCAGGAGCCAUGUUGUGGCGCCGCGGCCAUUUUGUACGGGGGGAGUGUCUCUCAGGCUGCACUCGAUAAACGUGGUAGUGACAGCAGGCCCCUGCACCAAAAUCCAUCAACGCCCUCUGCUUCAUCUCUGUCAGCUCCCCAUAAUGGACCAUAAUGACUGCAUCAGAAACGCACAGAGGAAUCGCAUCUCUCUGAUAAAGCAGAGGGUAAUAAAUGGGUGUUAUAAAUUCUUCCCCAACAUAGACUCAACAACAGCACUCUGUUUGUGUGUGUAUACGUGCGUGUGUGUGUGUGCGUGUGUGUGCGUGUGUGUGUGUGUGUGUGUGUGUGUGUGUGACGGGCUUCAUUACACAUGUCCAACGGACCAGUCGCCGGGUCCGCCCAGGCACAGUCCGUCGCUUCGGCACAAAGCGAACUGAUGGGAUGGCCUUCUGCUGAAUGGCAUGGACAAACCACAAAGUGGUGUCACCUCUUCUCAGUACAGGAGACUCUUUUUGUCUUUGUAUAUACAUGAAUGUGUCUGUGUGUGUGUGUAUGUAUGAAAGAAGCUCUGAGACAGUAUUACUAGCAGAAAAUGUAAUGAACUUUUUGCCGAUUUCUGGUGUAAAUCCUAGACGUCCACCAGCAGACGUCUGAAUGUAUAUUUAAACUCUUAACAUUGUUUUUAACUUGUCUGUGAAAAUACUUUUCUGUAGAAAGAAAAACUUUUGAAAACUGUUCGAUUUUUGGCAAUAAAUGUGAGCCUAAUGCUGUGCUAAA